CGUCUGUCUGCUUUCCGACACCGGUUCUUGCCUGCGGUCUCCAGGGCCCUCGUGAGCCCUAUAUUAUACUGCUCUUCGACCACACAAUCGUAGGAACAUCAAGCCUCGCAUACAGCUACAACAGUCGCCCGGCGCCUCCGCUGCAUGCAGACCGCACGGUUCUUGAUCCCCGCAACUCACCGCGUUGUAUCCAGAGUUGCUAGCAGGCCGCUUACGACGAUGCGGCGCGACACGGAACAACAGUCCCCAUGGCCUGUGGACAGGAUGGCGCCCUUGCAUCCGGUCGAGAGGGUCACAGAUAAUAUCGAGAGGCCCUCUGUGGACAACAGGACGUACCGCGUCAUCCGUCUCCAGAACAAGCUAGAGGCGUUGAUUGUCCACGACCCGGACACGGACAAGGCCAGUGCAGCCAUGGACGUCAACGUCGGCGCCUUUAGCGACGAGGACGAUAUGCCAGGCAUGGCCCACGCAGUUGAACAUCUGUUGUUCAUGGGCACCAAGAAGUACCCAGUUGAAAACGCCUACUCACAGUACCUUUCAGCCAACUCGGGAAGCUCUAAUGCCUACACUGGCUCCACGUCGACCAACUACUACUUUGAGGUAGCGGGCAAGCCCAGCGACGACGGAGAGGCCUCGGCCGAAAACCCCUCGCCUCUCUACGGGGCACUGGACCGGUUCGCACAGUUUUUUAUUGAGCCGCUCUUUUUGGAGUCGACACUGGAUCGCGAACUUCAAGCCGUCGAUUCCGAAAACAAGAAGAACCUGCAGAGCGACGUGUGGCGCUUCCAUCAACUAGUCAAGUCACUAUCAAACCCGAAGCAUCCAUACUGUCACUUUUCCACCGGAAACUUCGAGGUCCUAAAAACGGUACCCGAAGCACGGGGUAUCAAUGUCCGGGACAAGUUCAUCGAAUUUUACAACAAGCACUACUCAGCAAACCUCAUGAAGCUUGUGGUCUUGGGAAGGGAACCAUUAGACGUACUAGAGAGCUGGGUUGUAGAGCUAUUUUCUGACAUACCCAACAAGAAUCUGCCCCAGAACAGAUGGGAGGAUCAGGAUCCUUUCGGCCCAGAACAGUUGGGGACACAGAUAUUUACCAAACCUGUCAUGGACAACAGGGAGCUGAACCUUUUCUUCCCAUUUAUGGAUCAAGAGACUCACCACGAAACACAACCCAGUCGCUACAUUUCCCAUUUGAUAGGCCAUGAGGGGCCCGGUAGUAUCAUGUCUUAUGUCAAGACAAUGGGCUGGGCCAACGGUCUUAGCGCCGGCGCUUACCCUAUUUGCGCCGGCAGUCCUGGAAUCUUUGACUGUCAAGUCCGUUUGACAGAGGAAGGACUCAAACACUACAAGGAGAUAGUAAAGGCCUUCUUCCAAUACGUCUCCCUUCUACGAGAAACGCCACCACAGGAAUGGAUCUUCAAAGAGCAGCAAGAGAUGACUGAGGUGGAGUUCAAAUUCAAGCAAAAGACGCCUGCCAGUAAAUUUGCAAGCAAGACAAGCUCAGUCAUGCAGAGCGAAGUGCCCCGCGAAUGGCUUCUGAGCUACCCCAAGUUGCGGAAAUUCGACCCAGAACUGAUCAAACAGGGCAUUGACAUGCUUCGCCCGGAGAACCUGCGUCUUACCUUGUCUUCGCGGGAAUACCCUGGUGACUGGGACCAGAAGGAGAAGUGGUACGGUACUGAGUACAAAUACGAGAGGAUCCCUUCAGAUUUCAUGGAGGAGCUAAAGCAGGCCGCUUCAGUCUCACCGCAGCAAAGGAUACGACAUUUACACCUACCGCAUAAGAACAUGUUCAUUCCGACCAAGUUGGAUGUGGAGAAAAAGGAAGUGAAGGAACCAGCAAUCGGACCCCGCCUGAUUCGAAACGAUGAUCUGGCUCGAACAUGGUACAAGAAAGACGACAGGUUUUGGAUACCCAAGGCAGCCUUGGUGGUGAGCUGCAAGACUCCACUGAUCCACGCUAGCGCUCAAAACUACGUGAGGGCAAGGCUUUACACGGAUCUCGUCAAGGACGCCUUGGAAGAAUACGCAUACGACGCCGAAAUUGCCGGUCUCAACUAUGCAGUUUCCUUGGAUGCCGCAGGUUUGGCGAUACAGAUCGCCGGCUACAACGACAAACUGCCGGUCCUGAUGGAGAGAGUUCUACUUACGGUUCGGGACCUCGAAAUUAAGGAGGAGAGGUUCAAUAUCGUCAAGGAGCGUACUGGCCGUGCCUACCGCAAUUGGGCUUUUCAGCAGCCAUACCACCAGAUUACUGACUAUUCCGGCUGGUUGAUGUCCGAAGUGGAUUUCUUGAUUGAGGAUAUCGCCACCGAGUUGCCCAUCGCAACGAUUGAUACCGUGCGAAGCUUCCACAAGGAAAUGAUCUCACAAAUGCACAUGGAGUGCUAUGCCCUAGGCAACCUGUACAAAGAGGAUGUUCUGAGGCUUACCGACAUGGUUGAGAAGACACUCAGGCCACGGAUACUGCCAAAGUCACAGUGGCCAAUCACACGGCAGCUGAUCUUUCCGCCCGGGUCCAACUACACCUACGAAACGCCGCUCAAGGAUCCCAAGAAUGUCAACCACUGCAUAGAUUAUCUGCUGUAUAUUGGCGAUAUCGAUGACAUGGCGACUAAACCCCUCCGCGCCCAGACACUGUUGCUCGAUCAGAUGGCUCGUGAGCCCACGUUUGAUCAGCUUCGGACGAAGGAGCAACUGGGAUAUGUCGUAUUUUCUGGCAUAAAGUCGACACCGACGACAUAUAGCUUCAGAUUCGUCAUUCAGAGCGAGAAGAAGCCCUCGUAUCUCGAGUCUCGCAUCGAGGUUUUCUUGCUUCAGUUUGGAAAGAAGUUGGAUGAGAUGAGCGAUGAAGAAUUCGAGAGCCACAAGAGGAGUCUUAUCAAUUCCAGGUUGGAAAAAGUAAAGAACCUGGACCAGGAAGUAGCCAGGCACUGGAACCAGAUCUACAAUGGAACAUAUGAUUUUGAGCGAAUGCAAAAGGAUGCGGCCAAUAUCAAGUUGCUGACCAAGCAGGAUAUGCUUGAAUUCUACGCGCACUACAUUGACCCCAAGUCCAAGGAUCGGGCCAAAGUUGUGGUCCACCUAUUGGCGCAGGCCAAGAGCGACGUCUCAACGCGGGAGAUCUCAGAGUUGAUCAAAACGCUCAGUUUAAACUCAGAGCAAGCGACCAAGGCAGCAACGGACCUCCAGGCGCGACUCACUUCAGCGCAUCAUGACCAUAACAAGGAACUUGAGGAGCUCAAGGAGUACCUAGUGAAGGACUUGGCGGUGGUCGAUGAGGCUAAGAUCGAGGCGGCAGCUGCAGCAUGGGAGAAGCUGUCCAAGGAACACCGAACCAAUGGAAAUGCGGUGGGCAGCGACAAGGCAGCAGCAGCAGCUGAGGAUGUACAGCUCUCGUACAACGGGACAACGGCGGUCGUCAUCGAAGAUGUUUACGACUUCAAGCUGAAUAUGAAGGCCACAGGUGGGGUGCGGCCAGUGAAGGACUUAAGCGAGUAUGAAGACUUCGAGCCAAAGCUAACCCAAACUGUAAUCAACUUGCUUCCAGAGCUGCAAGGGCAGCUCGCCGUCACCACGUCUUCAUCAAAGAAACGGAAGGUUUCUCGGCCCUCGCGGAACAGCGACGAACAAGCCCGUCGGGCCUACGUCUCGGAUCAACGCAACACUGCCCUUCUUCAGGACACCGUCCUCCCCACGACCGAAGAAGAUAUCGAACCUGCCUCGUUUUCCUUCACGACAUCUACCGUUGGCUCAGGAUUGGCUACUCCGACCUACGUACGCUCCGACUCCGUGCCCGCGGCCUCGGGCCUUCCCCCGCGUCUACUUCACCAGGGCCUCUACACUUCGCACCAGUCCUCCGACUACACCUCCUCGGCCGCGAGUUCGCCUUGCGCUGCCUCGGCCGACUUAUCCGGAGACAACGACCGCAUCGACGAGUUUCUUCCGGAUCCGUCAUCCUCCCUCCAUCCCCCAGGAUCCCGCGUCGCCAGGAGCCCCUCUCCGCUCAUCAGUGUCCCGCAGCACCGUAUGAUUAUGGGUGGCGCCAUCGACGCUCCCCAACGCUCUUCUUCACCCCUCAAGCGCAGGGCCUCGAGUAUGGACCAAGACAUGGACUCGGACUCAAAGGAAGACGUAGACAUGAUCAACCCGCCGCCACUCGAAGAGUCCGGAGAAGAGGGUGACAAGGGCGAGAGCAGAGGGCGCCAGAGCGCAGACCAGCCUGGAAGCCCAAAAUCAUUCACCAUGAAGACCGGCGUCCCUCCGUUGGCCGAACAGAUCAAAACACUCGAAACCCUUCUCAAAGCCUUCGACGAUCAACCUUUGCAAGAAGGCGACAAGGCAUAUCUCGUUUCGCGAGGUCCUCUUAAUUGGGCGCGACCUUAUAGCGACGAGGAGAAGCACACCAAGGAGGAUGUUGGCGAAGCACCAGAAGGCCCGGUAGACAACUCUGACAUUAUCCACAGCAUCAUAAAGGAUAUUGACGGCAAUGACUUUGUCCGCCUCAAGCCUGGGAUGGGCCUGGAGCAUUAUGUGCUUUUCUCCCAGGAUGCCUGGGAUCUUCUGAUGUCUUGGUAUGGGCUGACCGAGGGGCAGCUCCCGAUCGUGAGGUAUGCUCACAAUACGUCUCCCGACAACACAAUGCCACACAUGCAGUUCGAGAUACACCCGCCAGUCUUCACCAUUCAUAGGCUUUGGUCGCCUGUCAGUCCGAUUCCAAUAGACCAAAAGCUCAAAGCGACGAGUCCACCUCCCGUUCAAGUUGCCUGCAGCACUUCAUACAGGCAACAAGAGUUUUUAAGCAAAAUAAAGCAGUUGGCUGGUGUUGAUAGGGACAGGAAAGUCAGGGUCUGGAGGGUAACCCGACAACCUGACACCAAGACUGCCGCGGCUCCCUCACAGCCACCGGCUUCACCUGCACAAGGUGUGACCUUGACUCCACCAGACUCUCCAAAGGCCGCUACGGACGAGCGGGACCCAUGGGACAACCUCCUUGUCGAAGCCUCCCGCCUCAAUGCACUCACUAAGGGAACAGAGCGAGAGGAUCUGGACAUCAAGGACCAGACCAACAACCCUAACUACAAUGGAAAGUCGACACUUGCAUACUUAUCGAUGCAAGCUGAUGACACUCUGGUUCUUGACGAAAAUGUCGAGGCGCAUUACCACGUGUCCAAUUACAAGGGCACUGUCGCAACCAAGGAGAAGUCGAACUCUUCCAAGGGAAGCUCAUCGAAUCUCACCGUGGCACCCAACAGCGCCAACGCUAGUGGACGCAACAGUCCAACCCCAGGGCCAUCCACAAGGGGCCGUACGAAGGCUAAGUCUGGCAGGACAGUUGGCUGUGUCGGACUGGGUAAUCUUGGCAACACAUGUUACAUGAACUCAGCGCUUCAGUGUGUACGGAGCGUAGAAGAGCUCACAAAGUACUUCCUCGUUGGUGAGGCUGAGAAGGAGAUCAACACAGACAACCCGCUUGCCCACAACGGAGAUGUUGCCAUGGUCUACUACAAGCUGCUCAAGGAUAUUUACCAGGUUAAUGCCCCGCCGUCAAUAUCACCUAGGCAGUUCAAGAACACCAUAGGUCGUUACGCGCCAGCUUUUUCAGGCUAUGGACAACAGGACUCCCAGGAAUUCGUGGGUUUCCUGUUGGAUGGACUUCAGGAAGACUUGAGUCGUGUCAAGAAGAAGCCAUACAUCGAGAAGCCUGACUCCACGGAUGACAUGAUCAACAACCCACAAGCGAUCAAAGAAAUGGCAGACAAGGUGUGGGACAUCACCAAGAAGAGAGACGAUUCGGUCAUAGCAGACCUUUUCACGGGCAUGUACAAGUCCACGCUGGUGUGCCCCAUUUGUCACAAGAUCAGCAUCACCUUUGACCCCUUCAACAACCUCACGUUACCCCUUCCCAUGCAGAACCUCUGGAACAAGUCGAUCAAAUAUGUCCCUCUAAACGACGCUCCCGUUGAGCUGCAUGUGGAACUGGACAAGAAUAGCAGUAUACGGUCGUUGCGCGACUACAUCGCAGCUCGGGUAGGUGUGCCAGCGGAGCGCCUCAUCGGAGCUGAAGAAUUCAAAGACAAAUUCUUCACAAUCUAUGAGGACGGCGAUAGUGUCUCCGAGAAGAUAACGUCAAACGACGUUCCUGUGUUUUUUGAGCUGGAGGCAGCCCCCACGAAUGCAGGGUACCGGCCGCCAAAACCUAAGCACCAGAAGAUUAGGUCCAUGCUCCACGUUGGAAGUGAUGAAGAGGAGGAGGACUUGACCUCCGAAUGGGAUCAUCCGGCAGCCGAAAGGCUGGCGGUACCCGUGCUUCAUAGGCUCAACCCAGCAACCAACAGGAGGCGAGGAGGAGCUACGAUUACACCGCCUCAUUUUAUCAUUGUAACACGUGAAGAGGCUCGUAGCGAAGAUGCCAUCAAGCGCAAGAUCCUAGAGAAGGUGGCUUCAUACUCUACGUGGCCCCAUUUCUCUAAAUUAGAUGAUGCCGACGCUGCGGACAACACUGAUAUGGAAAUGAUCACCGCCCCUGCCUCUGAUGCCGACUCAUCUGGCGACUCCAAAGUCAUUGCUAAGUCAGUCGAAGGCGAGGACGACAUGGUUGACAUAAGCACUGCCACCGGGGCCGCCAGCAAGAGGCAACCAACUCAGGGAGCCGCACCAUCACGCGAGCCAAGACCUCUGAAGAUAUUCAACAGCCGGAGGCCGAAAUGGGUGAACCCGAAUGAGUACCUGCCGCCUGAUUUCCAGAACCUGUUCGACUUGAGCUAUUUCAGUGACCCGGACGCUGGUAUACCAUCUGGUUGGCAGGCAGUCAGUGACAAUCCCCUCCCCUCGCUGGCGAGCAGGAUGCCUCCCCAAUCUGUGGAUGAAGAGAUGCGCAGCCCUAGUGCGGCUGGAAACGACAGCAGCUCUGAGGAAUCUGCCAAAGCGCGUGCGCAACCCUCUAUUGACACUGCGGAGUUGACCCGGAUGGCGGAUGAGUCAAGUGAAGAGGAGGAAUCGACCGCACAAGUGCUUGCCAAGAAACGCCUGUCACAACCUCAAAAGGUCGGCGGUCGGCGUCAGAAUCGCAAAGGUCAAAGAACUUAUGGCAAGAAAGGCAAGAAGCUGCCACGGAAGCAAGCCAAUGGUAGCGCCAAUAACACAGCAGUGACCAACAACUUUGAUACUCUCGUCGACGAUUCUGCCACGUCGGCAUCUUCGAGCGGUCCUCUAAUCCGGCUCGGAGAGGGCAUAGUUGUCGACUGGAACGAGGACGCGUGGGAGCAGGUCUACGGCAGCACUAGGGCCAACGAUGGCCGUGGUGAGCCUACCUUCAACGCAAUCGAAACUGUCCAUGACCCAGCACUGGCGGAGCGUAAGAAACAACGUGCCCAGCGGAGGAAAAAUGGCAUCAGCCUCGACGAUUGUUUGGACGAGUUCGAAAAACAGGAGGUUUUGUCUGAGCAAGACACAUGGUACUGCCCCAGGUGCAAGGAACACGUUCGUGCCAGCAAGAAGUUUGACCUUUGGAAGACGCCCGACAUUCUGGUUGUGCAUUUGAAGCGCUUCAGCUCCAGCGGUUGGCGACGUGACAAGCUUGACAUAUUGGUCGACUUCCCCAUCGAAGGUCUUGACCUAAGUAGGCGUGUCAUCGACCAGCAGACCGGGAAAGAGGAGGUGUUUGACCUCAUAGGUAUCGACGAUCAUUGGGGUGGGUUGGGUGGCGGUCAUUACACCGCAUUUGCAAAGAAUUUCAUUGAUGGGGAGUGGUAUGAAUACAACGAUUCGUCAGUUUCGAAACAAACGAACCUUGCCCGCAUGGUGACCUCGUCGGCAUAUUUGCUCUUUUACAGGCGCCGAUCCGAGAUCCCGCUGGGCGGUCCGCGUUUCGCUCGCAUCUUUGACACGUACGAGAGCAAUAUGGAAAAUUCCGAUGAGGACAACUCGGAUUCGGGGGAAGGUCAGCGUCUCGGCACAGGCUCCUCCCUACGUGGGUCGUCGAGCGCUUUGAUAGGAGCAGAAGCAACUCACCUGCCCGGAAGUCGUGGCUUGGCGGGGCCUAGCGCGCCCCUCUUGUCGGCAGCCGAGGAGGAUGAGACAUUACCAACGUACGAAAAUGCGGUUCUCGGGGAUGAGACCUUCAUCCGCGGAAGCAUUGAAGAUGAGGGUCUCGGCGGCAUGGAGGGACCCGUGCAGCCUUGGAGUGCCGGGGUCUGGGACUUUAAGAACAUUGACGGCGACAGGCCGGGGUCGCCUGCGACCGAUGAGGCAGAGAUGAACUCGUCCAAUGGAGUCGGCGGAUAUAGCUCUGACAGGAACAAUACGGGCAUGAACUCGCCGUUUGAAUUCGAGACUCCGAAUGCGGCACGGACGGCGCUCCCUGACGAUGAGGGCUUUGGCCACGAAGACGAUAUUCUACCAGAGCUCGAGGACAUUGAAGCACAGAAGACACUGCCGGGCAUCAAGGAGCUGUCCUGGAAUAAUCAGCAGCAGCAACUCCACACCAUCCCUCCGACUGCGUUGGGCGAUGGCGAUGCGUUGUCAGAGAAGGCUGUGGAUAUACACGUUGAUGAUGAUAAGGGGGGCAAAGCGGAGUGACCAUUUGAUGACAAUGCAGGAUGGACGGUGGCUUGGGAUGCUGGUUUACUUGCAUAGAAUUGGUAUUGUUGUACCAAAUCAUUGUUACUCUGUACAGACCAUUUUUAGGCGCAGGAGGUUUUUGUUUGAAGCGCAGAAAAGAAAAUGAAAAGGAUUAUGCCGGGUGCUCAUACCUUCCUGGAAUAUAGUGUACAUGGAUCAGAGGUAUAAGCUGAGGUUAUUUUUUUUUUUUUUUUUU